GCGCCCUAUCAUCAAAGUGUAGUUAAACGGUUAAUCUCAUGUAGCUCUUCUCCCAAAUAUGCGAAAAUGCGAUGGCACUCAGGGUUUUUUUUUUGGCACGGCAGCACUUGCGAGAGCCGGUUGUAAAGAAUUGUGCCUUGUUGUGCUCCCACCCCCCGCUCCGUGCCGCACUGGUUCCGUCUGGCUCGCCCUCAGCUGCUGCGUGUCCUGGGAUGACCUGUUGAUGUCGGUAGAAUGGAGAAUGGCAGGGGGAGCGAUUUCCCCCAUCACCAAAAUAUUUAAAUAAGCAACAUUUGGGCUUGACAACCGGCGUCGCAGCACAGCUACCUCGUCCGCACAUUCAACCCUUUGGUGGUGUGCGUAGGCGCACCAUGGCCCAGACCCUCCAGAUGGCGAUCCCAAACUUCGGCAACAAUGUUCUAGAGUGUCUGAAUGAGCAGCGGCUGCAGGGCCUCUACUGCGAUGUCUCUGUGGUGGUCAAGGGCCAUUCCUUCAAGGCCCAUCGAGCUGUGCUGGCUGCUAGCAGUUCUUAUUUCCGGGACCUCUUCAGCAGCAACAAUAGUGGAGGCGGGAGCAGCAAUGAGACGAACCCAACCGUAGUGGAGCUCCCAUCGGCUGUGCAGCCCCAGAGCUUCCAGCAGAUUUUGUCUUUCUGCUACACAGGCCGCCUCAGCAUGACGGUGGGGGAUCAGUUUCUCCUCAUGUAUACCGCCGGCUUCCUGCAGAUCCAACAGAUCAUGGAAAAAGGCACCGAGUUCUUCCUCAAGGUCUCCUCCCCUAGCUGCGACUCCCAGGGCCUUCAUGCUGAGGAGGCCCCAACUUCUGAGCCCCAGAGCCCCGUGACGCAGACCAGUAACAGUGCAGGCCGGCCUGCCUCAUGCCUGACGCCGCUCCCUCUGGUAUCACGAGUGAAGACAGAGCAACCAGCAAGCCAGCCGGAGGCCGCCACUCCUUACUCAGUGGUCUGCACUCCCGUAGCCAAGCGGCUGUGGGAGGGCGGCAGCAGCAGAGAUGGAGGCGGGGGAGGCUCAGGGGGAGGAGGCGGGGCCAGAAAGGCAGCCCGUUAUUCCCAGGAGGCGGUGCGGGGCAGUGCCAUUCAGAGCCCCGGAGCCCUCGGACUGGCCAUGGGUAUGGGUGCCAACGUAACCAGCCUGGCGGGCGUGGUGGCCAGUGGCGGGCUCAGUGGCAGCACUGGCACCAACGGAAACUCAGCGGCAGGUCUCGGCAUGUCAGAGGGAGCCAGCCCUGGCACCCUGAGCACCUACGCCAGUGACUCACCUAUCAGUUACCAUGAUGAUGAAGAAGAGGAAGAGGGGACAGAGGAAUGUGCUGAAGAGCAGUACAGGCAAAUCUGCAACAUGUAUACCAUGUACAGCAUGCUCAACAUGGGAGCUGCAGCAGCCGGAGAGCGUGUCGAAGCUCUACCAGACCACACAGAGACACGGGGUCGGAUGCGAGGCAGAGACCUCACAUGUCUCCCUGCAGAACUCAUUGCUCAGAUAGGCAACCGCUGUCAUCCCAAACUGUACGAGGAAGGAGACCCUGCUGAGAAACUCGAGUUAGUCUCAGGUACUUCUGUGUAUAUAUCGCGAGCCCAGCUAAUGAACUGUCAUGUGAGCGCAGGGACCAGACACAAGGUGCUGCUUAGGAGGCUGCUGGCCGCCUUCUUUGACAGGAAUACUCUGGCCAACAGCUGUGGAACAGGCAUCCGCUCAUCCACCAACGACCCGAGCCGCAAGCCCCUGGACAACAGAGUUCUGCAUGCGGUCAAAUUUUAUUGCCAGAACUUUGCCACCAGCUUCAAAGAAAGCGAGAUGAACGCCAUCGCAGCCGACAUGUGCACCAACGCCCGACGCGUGGUCCGUAAGAGCUGGAUCCCCAAGCUGAAGCUACUGAUGGCCGAGAGCGACGCCUACACCGCUUUCCUCCCCGAUGGCGUCAAGAUGGAGGAUGACACCCUGGGGGCGGACCCAGCCUUUGACCCCGCCUCCCUGGAGGCCGCCGGCGGUGCCGGCAUGGAGUCAGGUGGCUCUUCAGGUGAAUCGCUACCAGGUGUGGGCGGGGACGGAGGACCAUUAUUUUGAACAUUGUGUCCGGGGAAGGUUAAAAUUUGUUGACACACAUACCAGUAUUCCCCAGUUCUGCUUGCCUCCUCACUCUUUGGCCCACGCUGAUCUCUCACAUCUGACUGUCUAUACUACACUGCUCGGGUCAACAGUUGCUGUUACCCUGAUGUAACCAGGACAUGAAAACUUUAAUUUUUGCUUUAUGACUGUACAAUGGAGUUAGUUGAGGAAAGGGAGAGCGUGAGAGGGUGUUUAGUUUCCUCCUAACUGCCCUCUGCCUCCCCUUGUCUUUUUAAGGUGUGUAAGCGCAUCCACUGUUGCAUAUUAAAUACAUUCCCUGAAACGCAGGUGAUGGGGGAGAGCCUGGGGAGGAAGGGAUGGCUGGAUGGACAGGUUCGGAGUAGAGGUGGCGAGUAUAUUGAAUGUAAGUGUCAGUGGCAGUUUUCUCUAUGCAACCCUGACAGCUUGUAUUCCAGCCUUGGAAAAGGAACUAAAUUUAAAACAGACACAAUAACAAACAUUAACACUACCUGCUCUUCCUCCCCUUCCACCUCUCACUCAUCACCCUGCAAGUAUUAGUCACCACACCACCUUUCUCGAGACCAGAGAAUCUCACCUGAGUGUUUCACUGUGCAGUGUCUUAUAGAAAUUUAUUUCAUCUUUCUCUGUUUUCUAAAUUUUUAGCAUGUUUCUCCGUCUAUGAACUGAAAAAGUGAUCCAGAGAGAAAGGGGAAAGCUUUUUACUGAGAUGAUUGUAAAGAACAUUUAAAGGGCAACAGGUAAUCAAAGAUGGUCAUAUUUUUAGAAGACAAACUAUAUUUAUACAAGCGCCCAUGCCUGGAACGGCGUGAGCAAAGAGAGUGAGAGGGAUUGUUUUAAAAUCUCGAUCUUCGUGUUUUAUUGAAAGAGGUCUUGUCAAAAAAGGAAAAGUGCUAUUUUUGCAUAAAAAAAGGAGUAUAAUAAAGCAGUCUUAUCAUAGGACCCUUAGUCGUUUAUUUUUAUCUUUAUUUGACAGUUCAGAGUGAUGGAAUGAGCAGUUGAACUGCUAAAUUUGAAGCAUUUCAUCUUCUGUUCACUCGCUUAAAAGGAAUAAUAAGACUGAUUCAGCUGGCUUGACUGUUGUCUAUGAUAACCAUUUCCUGUUGGGUUGCCAACCUGCAAAGUUUGCCUCCUUCGAUAAAACAUUGGCCCACAAUUUUAAGGAUCACUUGUAGAAAUCUAAAGGUUGUAUUGAUCUGACAGCUCGGCUAGUUUCUUCUUUGUACUGAAAUUAUUGGGGAUAAAAAAGCUGCUGACAAAUGCAGAAGUCACAGGAAACAAUUAUGGGUAUUGGUAUGUGCCUUUUAAUUGAAAUCAAUAAGCAGAAGCUUGGCGGGUACAGUGAUGUCACGAGGAGGCAAUCUUGCUCAAAGCAAACAGGUUUUAUGGUACUAUCCAUGUGUGUGUGAGACACUUCUUUGGUGAGGACGGAGAGCCUGUGUCGCGCGGCUGUGUCUGUCAGUACGUAGUUUAUUCAUGUAUCUAACACACCACCUCUUUAAGAUGGAAAUUCAAAAUGGCUGACAGUUUUAUUUUUCGAGUUUGAAAUGAUUUUUGCACCUUCCACCAGAGUGGAGGUUUCUGCACCUUAAUGAGAAGAACCAGUGGUUCAUGCACCUUUUUGAGAAAUGUUGUGUAGCAAUUGAACCCCUUUAGGUGGAAUCUGUCUUUACUUCUCCCAUGUCCGCCUGCGUUUUCUUUUUUAAAAGUGGCACAAAUUCCUACUGUACAUAAUCGAGAUGACUGUUGAGUUAAAUCCCAAGUGUUCUUCCUUUCCGUUGCUGGAUGCAUCUGAUUAUGAAAUGUUGACAACUGACCUUUUUCUGUGUGUGAGAGUUCGUGUUUGCUAGAAGCUUCUUGGAUGACCUGUACGGGGUCAGCACAGAGGAUUCAUUAUUCCUCCUGCAGGUGGACACAAAAUGGUCCGGGUGUGACUUAGGAAUGUGUUCUUAACCUGAAAUGCUCCGACUGAUUACUUUCUCCUCUUUGGGGAGCAUUUCUUUAAAGGUUCUGUUUUUCCGAAGAUGGGUAGAGGGUGAAAAACGUGACGGAAUUUAUGUUUCUUCUUCAAAGCGGUUGAGUCACUUAUUGAAAAGAAUACCUAGAAGCAUGACAGAUAUUGCUCAGCCUAUUUUCAUUUUUGAUUCAAAUAAUAAAGAUGAGUUUAGUGAGAUGGUUUGAUAUAUGGACAGAACAAAAAUGCAGUACCUUCUAAGUAUUCUGUAUAUUCUGUAAAGGGUAAUGACGACAAAACCUCAGUAUGCUCUGCAUUUGACUGUAAAUGCCACAUGAGCACCCCUCCCCCACAUACCUCUCCAGUAUCUUUGAAGACUGUUGUGCUUCCUGUCCAUGCAGCUGGUGUCGUGUUUCACUUCCACAAGUUUAUUCAUGUGUAUCAGAGAGAGGCAAAGCAGCGGUUUUUGGUGGCUAAAUCCGAAUUAGAAUAUGCACACUUAAUUUGCUUUGUGGCUUUUGGACUGUGCCAAGUUUACAGUUUGACUUAGAUUACAUCUUCAUGUUUUCACCCAAUAUGUUUUAACAAUGACAUAAAUCAGUGUGUUUUAAGUUACUGUAAUCCCUUAAAUAGUUUUCUGGCAUAUUACAUAUUCAGAAAAUUUCAGAUUUUAAAUAUAUCAAACCCAAGACUUUAAAGUAAAUCCACUAUGAUACCAAAUUCCUAGAUAAUUGCUUUGUGUAUGAAGUUAAAGGACCGAGACACAUGCCCCUCAUUAGAACCUCUGAAUUUAAUUUAGUUAAUUUAUAGGGACAUUGAAUCAAGCAAUGAUAUUAAAUUAUAUUCUCUUAGUAUGUUUUUUAACAUAAUGGCUACUAAAUCAGUCAAUGUUUCUGCCCUAGAGACAUACAUCCAGGCAUGACAACAGCCAAAUUACUGUUUCAAUGCACCCUUCAUAGACAUAUUAAUGAAAUCAGAGUGUAAUAACAAUUAGUUCUACUAGAGUUUCCCAUAGAAAAAACAAACCAAAAAAAAAAACCCGUAAAGACAAAAACUGAAAAAAUGAAGCCUUUAUUUUGGGUGGGACGCAGGGGUUACAUCUCCCAAUAUUUAGAAUGUGCAUUUGCCCCCCUCUAAAAAAAAAAAAAAAAAAGCAU